AUGGCAGACAUUGAAGAGAUCAUUGAUUUAUAUGCGGAAAUCCCUUCUUUUCAUGAGAAGUAUUCAGGUCUUCUUAAACAACUGCCCCCAUCAAUAAUAAAUGAGGCAUGGAAGCGUUUAACAACCCGAAAGCGCAAUUCACUCUCUGCUAUUGAUGCCAGCUAUGAAGAUCCUA